ACAGGUAGUUUAAAAACCAAACAGGUCAACAGCAGCAGCAGCAACAGCAGCAGCAGAGAGUCAGUGACAAACGGAGUGGUUAUCCUGAGGAGGACGCUUCUUCGACCGCACUCUGUUUCUGGAUAUGAUCGGACGCCGCUCCUCAGCAUGCUGAGCAGAAAGGGGUCUUGCGCGGGGAUGAUGAGCGCUGCAGCCGGGGUAGACCGCAGCAGGGUCGGGGAGAGGCUUCAGGCUGCCCUGGCCGGACUGCAGGAGCUGCAUCUGCUGAAGGACAGACAGAGCGAGAUGGUGAACUGGGCGCUGAGGGUGGACCGAGAGGAGCCGGUCACCUCUGUGCGCGCCGGCCCGGAGGGUCCCGCGAUGAUGGUGAUGGGGGCCGAGGAGCAGCGGCUGGAGGCGACCCUAACAGCCCUGAAGCAACAGCUGUCUCGUCUGCGGAAACAGGAUGUAGGGCUGAAGACUCACUUGCAACAGCUGGAUCAACAAAUCAGUGAGCUGAAGCUGGAUGUGAGCAAGGCCUCCACAGAGCAGCUGGAGAGUGACAGCAGGCCAAGUUCAGGUUUCUAUGAGCUCAGUGAUGGCGGCUCUUGCUCCUUGUCCAACUCCUGUACCUCUGUGUAUAGCGAGUGUUUGUCAUCCUCCCAGACGAGCCUUCUUCUCCUUCCCAUGAGCCCGGCAAAUUCCAGCGUCAGCCCUCCAUUACAAGUCGAUGUAUUCCGCCGGCGUUCUGCUGACGAGAGUGCUGCCCAGCCCAACCCUCCACGGGCCACAGGCGUCCACCUGGGCAGCAGCAGGAUCCGAGCAAGCACUGCUGGCACCGAACAGGCCCGACCGAGACCUGUGUCGACAGGUGAUCUUGAUAGGAUGAUGGCUCAAGGGCUGGGCUACUACAAAUCCGUGGAUGCAAGGAAACCCUCAGUGUGCACAAACCCGAAGACAUCCACAGUGGACCCUAAGUUCCAGUGCAACCUGGUGUCUCGCAGUGGGACCGAAAUGUACCACUACCCCAGCCCCCUGCAUGCUGUGGCUCUCCAGAGCCCAAUCUUCUCCAAUGGGAAUGACCCAGCCCUGCCUGGACUUCUAGAGGGCCAGGGACCCCCAGUGAACAGUUCUGGCUCCCUCCAGAGAGCACAAAUGGGUUAUGAGACCAAGACCUUGGGUUAUAUCGACAAGCUCCUCCUGCGCAGCCUGAGCAAAAUCCAGAGUGAAACAGUUGCAGAGACUAUGCAGACAAACAGUGACUAUCAUAGGAAGCCCACUGAAGUUGCAACUGUGUUUCCUGAAGUUGCACAGAAAGAGGUGUCUAUUCUGCAGCCUCUUCCAGCCAAGACCACAAACAUCAUCCCACCAGACAGCGACCAGAAGAGACACUGUGUGACGUACUCCAGUCAAGAGCUGGCUGAUAACCACAAACAGUCAGCUAGAGCCCCGGAGGUUUCGCAUAGAUACUCCUAUGCUGCUACCAUGAGGGAGUACAGCUCUGAUGAGGUCACCACUUCAUCCCUGAGGAAGAAUGAUAAACCCCAAGGAGAAUGUGGUCGUCUAGCAAGGAGCACCUCAGAGAAAAGAUCUGGGGACAAUCAAGAGUCAAGGCCACAAGAAAGGAACGGCCAAAGGGAACGAUCAGUGAUGGCCCACAGCUCCAGCACAGAGGAGAGUCAAGGCUUUGAGGUUCACACUGGUCAUACAGCUUCCCCCGAGUUUGUCCACGCCAAAUUUGUCCCUGCUGGAUCCCAGAGGGUCAAGGUGAGACAGGCAGACCGUAAAACGAAAGCUGUGAAACUGAGACGAAAAAGCAGUGAGAAGCACCGAGCGACGAGGCAGCAACAUGGCUACUCCUCUGGUGAGAGGACCAGAGAGGGCAGUGGUGGAAGCAAGGGGGAACAGAAAAGGUCAGGGAAAGGAAAAAUGACCCAGAAAUGUACCAACUGUCACACAGAGGAGCGCAGACAGGGCUCAGGUUCAGACUCCAGCCACUGUAGCCCAGGACUCAUGUAUACCCACAAGGUCCAUUCUAAGCCAAAUCCCAUCCCUGCUGUGAUAAAGUCCAGCAAAAGUCGCAGACAGCAGAGUCUGGAGUAUGAGCAGGCUGUGGAGCAGAGGAAGAGGAGGCAGGGGGCUGCCAAAUGGCCAUCUGAUUUGGAGAUGUUCCAGGCCUCCUGUGCUCAGCGCCAGAGGUCGAGAGAUCCCCAUGUUCACGCACCAGGCAACAUGCAGAUGGUCCGCAGUCUGAGUGCCAGGCCAGGCCAGUGGAUGGGACCUCAUCAAUCCUUACGAUCCUCCAUGUCUUCAAACUCUUUUCUCCACAGUCUUAAUGCCAGAUACCCCCCAGCGCCCUUCCACAUUUCCAGCCAGUACCCACCCAGAUGUGAGUCUGAGUAUUCUGCUGAAUGUGCUUCACUGUUCCACUCCACCAUCGCUGAAAGCAGCGAGGGGGAGAUGAGCGAUAACACCACCAAUCGCUUUGGGGAUAGCGAGUCCAGCCAGAGCUUCCAGUCCCUCUCGGACUCUGACAGCAGCCUGUCGCUGGACGAGGAGGACCAGGUGGACAGCCAGGGGGAGGAGAGGGGUCUGGUGUGGGCUGAGGCCGCUCUGGGGCCCACCGCCGCCGGAAGGCCCCUCCAGCAGCUCCCACGCCCCGAGCCAUCAGCCUGCCGCAUCAAAGCUUCCCGAGCCCUGAAGAAGAAGAUUCGUCGGUUCCAGCCUGCCUCCCUGAAGGUCAUGACCCUGGUGUAAAAACAGUUACCCGAGUGCAGAGUGAGAACUGUUGGGAAAACAAAGAAAGCUGUGGGAAAUCCUUUUCAAAACCGUUGGCGAUGAGCAUUUGACAAUUUCAUGGAUUUCAUGUACCGAAGAAAUAAAAAACAAUCAACAAAAACAAUUUAACUUUUUUUUUUGUUUAUUUUCUGUAAAUUUCUUCAUUUUGCUCAUUGAUUGUAAUCCAUAUUUGUCUUGGUAGAAUAAACUUACUUAAUAUAUAUUGA